AUGCAAAUAUCUAGAAAAACGUCAACAAACAGAUCAGAGGUACCAAUGGCUAAUAAUGGGAGUGAUCUAGUCUAUCGUUCAGCUUCUUCCGAGAAGAUUUCAAAUGGUGAUAGUGAUAUAUGUUCAUCGAUAAAGAGGACAGAGGUCAUCGGUAGAGGUAAGUUCGGGGUAGUAUACAAAGGUUAUCAUUUAAAAACGAAACAUGUAUAUGCAAUCAAAGUAUUGAAUUUAGAUUCCGAUUCAGAUGAAGUUGAGGAUGUACAGAGAGAAAUCCAAUUCUUAGCAUCGCUAAAACAAGUUCCAAAUAUUACAAGGUAUUAUGGAUCAUAUUUACAGGAUACGAAUUUAUGGAUAAUUAUGGAAUAUUGUGCUGGUGGUUCAUUAAGAACUCUAUUAAGACCUGGAAUGAUAGAUGAAAAAUAUAUUGGUGUUAUAAUGAGGGAGUUAUUGACAGCAUUACAAUGUAUCCAUAAAGAUAAUGUGAUCCACAGAGAUAUCAAAGCCGCCAACGUCUUGAUUACAAAUGAGGGUAAAGUCAAAUUAUGUGAUUUUGGUGUUGCUGCUCAACUAAAUCAAACAAGCUUGAGAAGACAAACAAUGGCAGGUACUCCAUACUGGAUGGCUCCUGAAGUUAUUAUGGAAGGUGUAUACUACGAUACUAAGGUAGAUAUUUGGUCUCUAGGUAUUACCGCUUAUGAGAUCGCCACAGGAAAUCCUCCAUACUGUGAAAUUGAAGCACUAAGAGCUAUGCAGUUAAUCACAAAAUCAAAACCAGCAAGAUUGGAGGGAAGGCAAUAUAGCAGUGGCUUGAAAGAAUUUAUUGCAUUAUGUUUAGAUGAAGACCCAAAGGAAAGACUUUCAGCAGAAGAGUUACAGAAAUCGAAGUUUAUCAAAGCACACAAGUCAUCUCCAACAGCUAUAUUAAAAGAAUUGAUUUCUCGAUACCUAUUAUUUAGGGAUAAAACUAAAUCCAGCAGAGAAAGUUUAUUGUUAAAUGAUGAUCAAAUUGCCAAAGCAGGUAAUAUUGACAAAGGUAAAGCAGUGGGCAGUACAUCCGAGGAAGAUGACAAGUCUACUAGUUACGAUGGAGUAGAUUUAAAAUGGGAUUUUGAUUCACUAAGUUCUAGCGAAUACAUUAUAGAAAAUGAUAUAAAUAUUGAUUCCAUUCCAGAAGAAGGAACUGCCGACUGGUCAAGACCUGAUAAUGAUCAAUUCAAUUUUGCAUAUCCUGAUGAAGAACAAUAUUAUUACUAUCAGACAAGUAAUAAUACAAAUACGCAUAAUAUAAGAAGAAAUUUUCAAGACAGUACAAUGGGUAAUUACAAUCAAGGAAUAACUAUGUAUAAUUCUACUUUAAACGCACCAAUGUCCCAAGCAAAUGGUACUAAUAAUUUUACAAGUAAGGUAAUGAAAACCAAUCAUAUAAAUACUAGCAUAACUGGAACAAAUAUCACUAAUACUACAAGUAAUAGAAACAUGGAAUCAAGGGCCGCCAAUCAAUUACGACAACUUUUUGAGGAAAAUGAUGUUAUCAAUGAAGAAGUCGCCCUUGAAACCGAUAUUCACAAUAUUCCUAAGUCUCAUUCGGUUCUUCCAUCUGUGUCUAACGAUAUUCAGCAAUCAUCCUUAUUGAGUGCCACUCCUACAACUUUACUAAGACCGUCGUUGAACAUUUUACCAACAGCCUAUCAUAGCCAAAGUGCAUCGAACCUCCCCGUGAUACAGAAUAAAAACUUACAAGGUGUGGCAAGUGUUGUAACCACAGCAGCCACUCCUAUAGAAAUUGAAAUUCCGGAAGAACUUCCAGUUAGUGCUUUACCGACUCCUUCCACUAGUGAACAAAUCAAUGAAACUAAAGCUAGGUCUACUACAAUUUCAACACCAAAUCCAUCACAUUCAGCCCACCCUGUUAUGACUAGGAGGCUAACUGUAAGUGGAACAGGAACCCCAAUGAAUUCUAUAACAGCUUCAAGACAAGAUUCAUCUAACAAAAUGUUUAUUGAUGAAGGGAUCAAUGGAGGAGGGUCUAUGGUGAAUAAUUCAAAUACAAGUAGCGCUAAUGCAUUAAUAGGGAAAACACAUCGCAGAACUCCAACUCCACCUAGAAGCCUGCUUAAAGUAAAUACUUCAAUUUCUCCAUCAAAGAAAUUGACAAACUCACCUAAAGCUCCAAUAUCUAGCAAUGGAUUGCCAAGUAUGAAGCCUGUUCUAAGUAAUAAUGACCAUAAAGAUUUGAUGCUGCAACCACUGAAUAGCAGUAGUAGCAAUACCGGAGUAGCAAGUAACUUAUUUACAAAUUCAACUAAUGAUAAAGAAAUGAGUAGAGCUACAAGGGAAUUUCGUAGGAAUAACCCUAAUCUAAAAUUGCAAAUGCCAUCACCAACAACUAUGAUACCAACGAAAUUACUAGACUCGGCUACCUCUGAUGCUGUUAACAAUGCUGGCGGCAAUGGAACUCCUAAUAAUGAGAACAUCAAUCAAUUCGGCUUCAAUACCAGUGCUGCUUUGAAUAUUCAAGUAAGUAUGACACCUAUCAGUGAGAAACAUAUAGAUCUUGGCGGUAAGUUAAAAAGAAGCCAAAGUGUAAAACAAAGCAGAUCAGGAAGCAUAUUAGAAACCCAUGGCCAGUUAAAUCCAUCAGCAUCAAGUAAUUUACCAACACCAUCCAGUGGUUUGACGUCUUCUUCCUCAAUUGCAUCUGUUACCAGUAUCAAUACUAAUGCAUCUGCGAAUGUAGGCUAUAAUUCAAAUGCAACAAUACCUAAUAACAUAGCUAAUGGCAGUAUUACUAAUAAUGUUGGAAAUGGUCCAAAUACAAGUUCAAAUAGUGGAACAAUUAACGGUAAUAUUGUUUCAGUAGGAACAAAUACGGCUAGUAAUAAUGGUAAUGGUAAUUCAGGAAAUAAUAGUUUGAAGUCAACAUCAAAUUCUACUGUAACUUCAGUUGAGAAUUCUACAAAUUCUACUCUUAGUGUUUCCACCAGUACCUCAAGUAACAUAAUGCAACCCCCUCCAAAAUUGUUGAUGAUGGAUUUAUUUUCAGAUUUUGAUUUGAAUAGUAGUCACGAUUAUGAUCACUCAUCAAGAUGGAUUGAUCGUAAACCGCAAGUGCUUGAAGAAUUAGAAUCAUUAUUGAAACUAUACGAAGAAGGACUGCCGGUCCUAGAAAAUGUCCUCAAGAAACAAUUACAAAAAGAAGCUCCAUUACCUACACCAUCAGCCUUACAAUCACAAGCUCCUAUUUCCUCAAACAUGACACAAGUAUCUCCUCAAGCACCAACAAUUCCGCAAACAUCUUCUCAGACUGUUGUUCAACAGACGCUAAGUGUUGGCACUCCAAUCAUUACUUCAUCGGUGAAUAGUAGCAUAAUUGAAGAAAUGUAA